AUGACCAUCAAGCUGACUCUGCAGUCGACGUAUCCGCUGGGCGAGGGCGUGGACAUGCCCGUGCUCGGCUUUGGCGUGUACAAGAGCCCCACCGACGUGACGGUCAAGUCGGUCACCACCGCACUCAAGACGGGAUACCGCCACAUUGACUCGGCCCAGUACUACGAAAACGAAAAGGAGGUGGGCGAUGCGGUGCGUGCAUGGUGCCUCGAGACGCACUCGUCGCGUCGCGACGUCUUUGUGACGACCAAGAUCAUCGCUCCCUCCAAGACGCAGGAGGAGACGCUGGCGUCGCUGCGCGAGUCGGUCAACAAGAUCAACCUUGACGGCUACGUGGACUGCUUCCUGAUCCACACGCCUACCUCUGGCCCCGAGGGUCGCAAGCAUCUGUGGGAGGCGCUCAAGGAGCUGCGUUCCGAGGGCAAGGUGAUCACCAUCGGCGUAAGCAACUACGGGAUCAAGCAUCUGCAGGAGCUCAUUGACGCCGGCGAGACGCCGGCAGUCAACCAGAUCGAGCUGCACCCCUGGUGCCAGCAACGCCCCAUUGUCGAAUUCUGCAACAAGCACAACAUCGUUCUCCAGGCCUACUGCCCGAUUGUGCGUGCCAAGUACGCGGACGAUGCGGAGCUGGUCAAGAUCGCAGCCAAGCACAAGGUGGACUGGUCGCAGGUGCUGUUGCGCUGGUCGCUGCAGAAAGGAUUUGUGCCGCUGCCCAAGUCGGACACGCCUUCGCGCAUUGCGUCCAACGCCGAGAUCUUUGGGUUCGAGCUCGAUGCCGAGGACAUGGCUACGCUCGAUGCCAAGGAUAUGGGGGCCGAUGGCGCUGUGGCUCCCAACCCGGUCGAGUGCCCCUGA